AUGUCGGCGGGGUUCACGCGGCACUUGGGAGCACGGCUGGCAGCAGCAGAUGAUGCGGCACUGAUGGAAUUCUCCCAGAACUGCCUCAUUCAGGAAGCAGGGCUGCUCCGGUGCAGUGCUGCGGAAAUUGCUCGUUUCGUUGCCAUGCUGCGAAGUCCCUCUACCUCUCUGCGCGCCUGUGCAGCCUUUGCUCUCCUGCAGCUCACCAUGCCCCACGCGCGCCACACCACCCACCACAUCAACCUCCUCUCCGACACCGGAGCUUCCCGCACCAUUCGUGCCACCGCUGCUGCCGCCACGUGUCCUCCGCUGGUCAGGCUGCUGGCUCGGGCUCUCUCGAGAAAUCUUGAUUUGCAUGCGCGAGAGGAAGCCAAGGGGAAAAGGCUGCGCCUGUGA